GUUGGUGGUUGGUGGCCUGGUGUCGUUCAUCGUUUAUUCUUAUUUUAUUUCAGUAAAAAUUUAAUUAAGUUAUUAAUAUCGAAUAACCUUUGAAUCAAAUAAAAUAUGUCAAAUUGUGAGAUUUAUGAACGAAAGUUGUGUUGUCGAAUGGUGUCGAUUCGAUUGUGUACAUGGCACAAUUUUAAUUUGUUUAAUUUUCGCGAAAUAUGAAGUGGAAAAUUAAUUAGAAUAAUAUCAAACCAUGGCUUUCGUCAGCGCUGUUACCGGCGAUGAUUCAACAAAGAAAUUUAUGGACGUGCUACAAAAUGACUUUAAAACUUUAAGCUUGGAAACCAAAAAGAAGUAUCCUCAGAUAAGAGAGGCUUGUGAUGAGGCUAUAGAAAAGCUGACGUUGGCGGCUAAUAAUCCGCAAGCGUCUUUGUAUGGAGUGGUGAAUCAGAUCUUAUAUCCUUUAGUGCAAGGAUGUGAGUCGAAGGAUGUUAAAAUUAUUCAGUUUUGCUUGGGUACAAUUCGGAGGCUAAUAGCCCAGCAGGGCAUCGACGCUAAAGGCGCUAGACAUGUAGUUGAUUGCCUCUACAACCUGGGCCAAGCCAAUAUGCUGGAGCUUAAGCUGUUGCAAACAGCUGCUCUACUGAUGACCACAUCUGAUUUGGUGCAUGGCGAUACACUGGCAAGGACCAUGGUGAUGUGUAUUCGCAUGGUGACGGCGAGUGAAACGCGGGAUAUCAGUACAAGUCACGCGGCCGCGGCGACGGUCAGGCAACUGGUUGCUCUUGUCUUCGAGAGGGCCCUGGCAGAGGCCAAUGGUACACUAAAAGUGAACCCAGCGGAUGUCAGAAUGCAAGCAAAUAGUAAAGCACCAAAGGAUCUCAAACCAUGCGCAGUUGACGCAUAUCUCAUUUUACAGGAUAUAAUUCAACUAAUAAAUGGUGACUCAGCUCACUGGCUGGUCGGCAUAUCAGAAGUACCAAAGACAUUCGGACUGGAAUUGUUAGACACAGUAUUGACUGACUUCUCUGAUGUUUUCUUUAAGAUAGCAGAAUUUCGAUUUCUACUAAAAGAACAUGUUUGUGCGUUGAUCAUAAGGCUGUUUUCACCCAAUGUUAAAUAUAGGGCUGCAUUCACGUCCCCCCACAUCCCCGGCGGCGGGCCCCCUGCGGUUGGGGCCGGCGGGGCCCCGGGGGCCGCGGGGGAGAGGCCCCACUUCCCCGUCACCAUGCGCCUGCUGAGACUCGUUUCCAUCAUCGUGCACAAGUACCACGCUGUGCUUGUGACAGAAUGUGAGAUCUUUCUCUCCCUGACGAUCAAAUUCCUGGAUCCAGACAAACCUCUUUGGCAACGCGCGCUGGCGUUAGAAGUGUUGCACCGAAUGACGAUACAACCAGACCUACUUAAAGCGUUCUGUGAAUGCUACGACAUGAAGCCUCACGCGACAAACAUAUUUCAAGACAUAGUCAACGCUCUCGGCGCAUACGUGCAGAGUUUGUUCGUCGCCUCGCAAGUUAACACACCUGCCGGAUCAUCGAGCAUCCCGCAACAAGCAGGAUUCUACUGGAAGGGCGUAUGGCUCCCUUUGUGCAUUACAUUCGAGCCUGGUACUGCCAAAUCUGUAUAUAUAGAGAUGCUGGAUCGCACUGAGGCGCCGAGCAUCCAAGAGGGGUACGGCAUCUCAGUGGCAUACGCCUGCCUGGUCGAGAUCAUACGCUCCAUCGCUAUCACACUGGAGGGCAAGGAAUACUUUAGAUUGCAAGAACUUUACGACGACUCUCAAAACGAUGGGGAAGAACAAGAAGUGAACUCUAACACUAACAAAACAAUGAGCAAUCAUAAAGAAACAGAAAGUUUGGACAACAAAACUGAAGUAACCAAAAAUGGUCACACCGGAGAAGCUGAUCAGAACUCCAACGUGGUGGAAAAGAUAGACCCUGACGCUGAGGAUAAGGAGAGGCAACUCAAAUUACAGCUUAUAAAGUCGUCUUGGUGCGGGCUAGUGUGGGGCUUAUCAGUGCUGGCCGAAGCGAGCAUCGGCGAGCUGGAGAACAUCCUACGCGCCAUACAGACCCUGGCCAGAGUUAGCGGCAAGAUGGGGGUGACGAACGCUCGGGACGCGUGUAUCGGCGCACUGUGCCGCUGCGCGCUCCCCGCGCAAUACUGCGUGCCCGUGCUGGGCGCUCUGGCCGCCCUGGCGUGUCCCUGGCCGGCCGCGCGGCCCUCGCCCGCCCCGGGGGCCGACUUGCGACACCACGUCGUGUGGGUUGGGACCCCUCUGCCGUGUUCACAGCCUACGGGUCAGCAGCAGUCAUUCGUGAUGGUGACGUCACGGCACGUCACAGCUAUGCGAGCGUUGCUGGCGGCGGCGCGACGCGACGGUGACGCGCUGCAGCACGCGUGGUUACCUGUUCUCACCACGCUGCAGCAUCUGGUGUGGAUCCUUGGACUGAAGCCGUCGACGGGCGGCAGCAUGAAGGCAAGCCGCGCCAGCGCAGACGCGAACGCUGUCAUGAGUACUUCCGCUGUCAUGGCCGACCUGCCCGGUCAGCAAGUUCCCGUGGCAGAAUCGCUCGGAGUCAUGAGUGCGCUGUCGGCCAUGUUGUCACGAGUGUUCGAGGCGUCGAAGAAUUUGGAUGACGAGGCGCUACAUCACCUCAUAGACGCGCUGUGCAAACUGUCGAAUGAGGCCAUGGAGCUGGCUUAUUCUAAUAGAGAGCCAUCGCUGUUCGCGGUGGCUAAACUUCUGGAGACAGGCCUGGCGAAUAUGCACAGAAUCGAAGUUAUGUGGCGGCCCAUUACCAAUCAUUUGCUUGAAGUGUGUCAGCACCCACACAUUCGUAUGCGGGAAUGGGGCGUGGAGGCCAUCACCUAUUUGGUGCAAGCGGCGUUCCAGUACCACCACAACAACCCGGCUCUCGUCACCGAGGCUCGAGAGCGUCUAGUGCUGGAGCCAUUAGCAGAGCUAUGCGCAGUGAGGCACUGCGACGUGCGCGCGAGGCAGCUGGAGUGCGCCGCGCGCCUGCUGCACUCGCGAGGCGACCAGCUGGGCGCGGCCUGGCCUCUGAUGAUGGAGAUCAUCUCCGCCAUCAGUGAUCAUCACAGUGAACAGUUGGUGCGAUCGGCAUUCCAAUGUGCGCAGCUGGUGGCAGGGGACCUGCUGGGCUGUGCGGGGCCGCGCUGCUUGCGGCGCGUGUUGGCCGCUGCGGCCGCCUUCGCCAGGCAGACCAAGGAACUCAACAUCAGUCUCACAGCCGUGGGACUUAUGUGGAACAUCUCGGACUACCUGUACCACAAUCGGGACAAGCUGUCGGCGGCGCUCAGCAGCGAAGCAGUGUCGCUGCCGGACGCGCAACCAGACUUGCCGCCACUCGACCGACUAUGGAUGUGCCUCUACAUACGACUCAGUGAGCUAUGCACGGAGCCGCGCGCGCCGGUGCGUCGCGCGGCGAGUCAGACGCUGUUCAGUUGCAUCGGUGCGCACGGCACUCUUCUUAGCAAGCCUGCUUGGAGAGCACUACUGGCCGUACUCUUCCCCAUGUUGGAUCAGGUACAAAAGCAGUCGAACAUCGCCAGUUCUGAAAAGGUGGACACUGGGGAGCAUAUUCUGAUACACCACACGCGCAACACCGCGCAGAAGCAGUGGGCUGAAACUCAGGUGUUGACCUUAUCCGGAGUGUCAAGAGUGUUCCACUCGAGAUUCCAGCUGCUGACUACGGUGGGCGACUUCAACAGGUCCUGGACGGCGUUGCUUGACUACAUCACUGACUUUGCCCUGCGUCGGAGCCACGAGGUUUCGGUGGCCGCCCUCAAGUCUUUCCAGGAAGUGGUGUCAGCUGCGGGACGCGCGGAGGGCGAAGCCCCGCGCCGCGUGUGGCCCGCCGCCUGGGCCGCCUGGACCACCAUUGCUGAGGGGCUUCCCCACAACGUGCCCGCGCCAGAGGACGGCAAGCCAGUGGAAGCGUACGCGCCGUCGCUCAACUUCCUCACCACGCUCGUGCAGAUAUUCCCGCUCAUCUUCCAACACAUUCGCUCCACGUUCACAGCAGCAGAUGUACAAAAGCUGGGCCUAUGUCUGUCUCGCGUGUGCAGCGUGGAGCCCUCCACCUCCGCCAUCGACGGCAUCGGCGGCGGCGCGCCCGUCAGCCUGCACGCGCUGCAUUGCCUCGACACUGUGCACAAGGAAGCACUUAGUCGCCACGAGCUGCUGCCAGCGAUGUUCGCAGCGCUGACGGCGCUUGCGGGCGUGGCCAAGGAGCAGCCGGCCUCCGCGGUGCGCUGCCUCGCCGCCGCCGCCGCGCUGUACCGCGCCGCACCCGCGCCCAGUGCGCACCAGCUGCCCAGUCUCAUUCAGGCACUUCACGAAGCGGUGAAAAAGUGUUCGCCGGACAAACGGCGCCGGAACAGCGACCGGGAGAGAGAGCAACCGGACGAGCCCACACAAAUCGCCUCCCUGCUACUACAGGUGCUAGCGACCGGGUUGCCCUUAGCGAGAGAAAACCCGGACGAGUACAACGAAUUUUGGGAAAUACUGCCGACUGUACUGGAGACUUUUAUGUUUGAGCCACCGGUGGGCGGCAGCGCGGCGGCGCGUGAGGUGGUGGGCGUGGUGCGCGACGAGGUGCUGCGCGGCGUGCCGCGCGCGCCCGCGCGCCACGCGCGCCGCCUGCUCGCGCUCGUGCGCGCCGGCUCGCUACACCACCACCAGCCGCAUACACAAAGCGAACAAGAGCUGAAAGAGAGGGAAGAGUUCGCGCGAACGUGUUUCGAGACGCUGCUGCAAUUCUCCAUGCUUGAAGACGUGGAUUCCUUCACUGCCGAUGACACUGACAGUGACCCGCUAGCAAUCAUGCCUCUAUUGGACCGGUUCCAAGAAGUCAUAUCCAAGUACAACAGGGACGAAGACAGCACCGAGCCACUGCCCAGGCAUCAAGUGUCGGAGAUAUCGUUCGUGCUGCGCGCCGUGGCUGCUCUGGCGGCGGCCAUGAAGCGCGCGCCGCCCGAGCGCGUGGACGCCGCCGCGUGGCACAAGCUCAUAGACGUAUACCCCUCGCUGGUGCGACUGGCGGGCGGCGCGAGGUGCGGGGCGGCGGGUGCGGGGCCCGCGCUACGGGAUGCGCUACUGCAGUUCGGCGCGCUGCUGAGCCCGCCGCUCUAGCGCCGUCUGCUCUACACCGUGCGCAUAUAGAGCACGCGCCUGUAGCGACCACAUUCUCGUCACGAUGUCGCAACAGUCAUCUUAAACUUGUUAUAUAGAAAAAGUUAUGGUAUAUAAAAAAGAUGCAAUAAUUGAACCUUAUGACGAAGAUGUUAAGGCCUGUUUUUGUUAAACAAUUUACUCAGUGCACAGUGAGCUGAAAUUGCGUAGUAACAUUUGUAAAUAGAUUAUAACGAUAAUGUUAUUGUUAAUUAAUUAUUAUUAUUCUUAGCGUAUAUUUAAAAACUGUGUCAUAACAUUUUUUUGUAAAAAAAAAAACUAACAUUAGGUACUACCGAUUGUUACACGUUAUAAAAUAACCAUUAGUUUAAGUUAUACAAGCAAGUUUACCAAUACUAAAAAAACUCAAAACCCUAAAAAAAAAACCCCCUCAAGCUGUGGCAAUUUUAAAUAGAGACCCAUAUUCUUUUUUUUACAAGUAUAUUUUAUAGACUACUAGCGCUUGGCUGCAAUCAGACCUGCUAGCAAGUGAUGAUGCAGCCUAAGAUGGAGCGCGCUUAUCUAAAAGAUGCCUAUUCACUCUUGGCUUAAAGGUACCCAUUUUAAAAGUGGAGGGGGAAACUGAUGCCGGGGGGGCGUUCCAUAUCCUGGCGGUUCGGAUUAGAAACGAGGAAGCUAAUCGCUUCGAAUCGUACGUAUUUCUUUCUCAUUGCUGAAAGUCAUGACCCCUUUCCAAGUAUCACAUAAUAGUAGGAGUUUUUUUGAUCUAAUAAUAUAAUGGUAGAUCCUUUCGCACGUUUCUCUAUAGCCAUACUGAUACGAAUAUAGUAGGUACCAAAGGUACUUCCAUAAUUUUACGCUAAUAAGUAUUUUAGAGCCAAAUAAUGUUUUAAUUGUAAUUAAUUAAUUAAUAAUGAUUUUUUAUUGAAUAUUCAGCAUGUGAAGUAAAAUACAGCAUUUUAUGUCUUUGGCCAGCAAUUAAAAAUAAAGUACUCAGGCCAAAUAUGUAUAAACUUAGAAUGACGUAUUUUACACGGUUGAGAUCUAUAGAGCGUACUUUUUGUUCAGACCUAAGACAGUUUAAACAAGACAGAUUUGUCUCCACAUAACGGAGACAGAUUUAUGUCUCUACAUAAAAACGAUAUAUUUGUCUCCACAUAAAAAAGGUAAAAUAUCUCCACAUAAAAAACAAAUUUAUGUUUCCACAUAAGGAAGACAGAUUUAUGUCUCUACAUAUUGUCUUGUUUUAACUUUUAAGGCAAAGAUCUACUACUUAGCGAUAAAGCGAGACAUAUUUAUGUGAGAGACAUAAAUCUGUCUCGUUUUAACUAAAAUUUAAGUCUCAGCAAAGUCAAAGGAUGCUCUCUAUAUCUAGCCUUAGUAAAUUCGUGUUAAGAACACGAGUCGCUUACGCGUUUCUAAAAGAUUGUAAAAGUGAUGUUAGGUAUAAUAGUAUUUUUGUACAGUUAAGUAAGACACAAGACAAUGUGGUUAUUCUGUUGUACACGAUCUCUGAACUAGAAACCAAAAUGACAGGUCAGGUAUUGUUAUACUUUCAUAUUUGUUGCUAGUUUCUUGCUGGUUCUUCUCAGUAGGAAAGGCAUUCCGAACCAGUGGUAGAUGCAUUUGACGUUUCAAAAGUACCUACUUGUAAAAGUUUAAUUGAAUAAAAAUAUUUUGAUUUUAUUUUUAUUUUUUUUAUUGCUCCCUGUGGAAAAGAACAGCACCUGAUUUUAGUUCUGUCAAUUUAGAUUAGUUAAGAAAUUGUGUACAAUACAAUUAGCCACAUUUUAUUAGUUUUAGUUAAAAUGAGUGCUAAUCUGAUCGUAUACAAAAUUUAAAGGGCUAUAGAUACUUAGCGAUUAUGCAUUGAAGUGCGCCAAGUUUAAAGCACAGCGAGGUACGACGCGUACUUAGACUUAGCCCAGACUUAAGUUUCAGUUGAAGCGAGACAGAUUUAUGCCAACGGUAUCACGCUGUCUCGUUUUAACAGUGCCCUAAGUCUGAGCAAAGUCAAAGUGCGAUCUGUAGAUUUCAACAUAAGAAAGACAAGUGUAAAACAAUAUUUUUAUUUGUACUUAAUAACAUCUCACUGUAAAAGA